GUUAUCUUCUGUAGUUAGAAACGCGAUUAGUUAUGUAUCUUAAUUUGUUGAUCUGGCUGAUACUUCUGCAACCCCUGAUGGCUGUAGUUCCCCACGGAGUGACAAUUAAGGAACCAAAAUGCUGGUAUGUGGCAAAUCCAGGACCCUGUGAAAACUGGGAGAAAGUCUGGGGUUAUGAUUACCUGACCAAUCGCUGCAUUUUCUUCUAUUACGGUGGCUGUGGUGGAAAUCCGAAUCGGUUCUAUACUAAAGAAGAGUGCCUUAACACUUGCCGUGUACACAGACCUCCAAACCGGAAGAAAAGGGAAGGCGAGAUCGAGGAAGAGGAGGAGUUUGAGGAGGAUAUUGACAACUGGGACAAAUGGGACAACGAAGAGCUAUGAGGGUAUUCAAAUAUCGCCUUUCAUAGAAGCUGAUUUGCCUCAAGUUAACUUUUGAUUCGUUGUGCAAACGCA